AAAAGAAAGACACGGUCCACUUUGACCCCACAUCCAUCGGUCUCCCUGCCGGCUGGUCGUUGACCGAAUGGAGUACCCUCAAGGGCUGAGCCUGCAAGAUUCCGCAAGACGAAUUGCAGCAAAUGUUGGCACAAUUGAAUCUGGGGGAUGGCCAGAAUUUGGGCACGGCCGAUGGUCGCAUUGCCUUGGAUUGCAGUGUCCGCAAGACACGACAAGGUCACUACGUGAUAUCCACCACCGACUUUUUCUUUCCACUGGUCGAUUCGCCCUAUCUGCAAGGACGCAUUGGAGCGGCCAAUGUCUUGAGUGACUUGUAUGCGGAAGGUGUCGCGUCGUGUGAUUUUGUACUCAUGCUAUUGGCGGCGUGUCGGGACAUGCCCGAAGAUCAGCGGACCAUUUGUACACAGGAAAUGGUACGGGGUUUUCGGGAUGCCUGUACCGAUGCCGACACUUGUAUUACCGGAGGACAGACCGUUUUGAAUCCAUGGCCGAUUAUUGGAGGAGUCGCUACAUCCGUGGUGGCCGAAGGAGAGUUUGUACCGUCGGAUGGAGCGCAAGUGGGAAAUGUGGUCGUCUUGACCAAACCCUUGGGCACACAAAUUGCCGUCAAUGUGCAUCAGUGGCGUCGUCAUCAUCAUCAACAAAAUCAAAAUCAAAACAACAACAACAACAACAAAUUCUGGAAAAAGUGCAUCGACCAAAAUAUUGUGACGGACGAUCAAGCGGAAGAAAUGAUGCAUCAGGCGGUCUGUAGCAUGGCGCGUUUGAAUAAGAAUGGUGGAAGCAUCAUGGUCAAGCACAAGGCGUGUGCGGCAACGGAUGUGACUGGGUUUGGGAUCUUGGGUCAUGCCCAAAACCUGGUCGAAAAUCAAAAGGAAAAGGUCGGAAUUGAAUUGCACACUCUGCCACUCAUUGCCGGCACCAAGCAAGUCAAUGACAAGGUCCUCAACUUUCAAUUGACCACGGGGUAUAGUGCGGAAACCUCGGGUGGGCUCAUGAUUUGCAUGCCCAAGGAAACAGCACAAGCCUACAUGGAAGAAUUGAAAGACCUGGAUGGUACUGAUUCGUGGAUUAUUGGAAAUGUCAUUGCCGACGAGAAGCAACAAGCUAGGAUUUUAGAGGAUGUCAAAUACUUGGAGGUUUAGUAGGUAGUCAGUCGUAAGGAAGGUCUUUCUCGCAGGAGCGACAGAGCAUGCAUGUCGGCUCGACAAUCCACAACUAACUGGACCAUGAGGAGGUCUGUGCGACACAAUCACAAAAGCUGAAUGACGGAAUGUCUGGACG